AUGGGCAACAAUCAGACUUUUACAAAACCUCACAUUGGAACAUGUUGGUCAAGCGUGUUUGCACCGAUGGGUCCUGUAAAAGAACCGCCGCCAAUGUUUGCAUGCUUGUUCGUCGCUGCUCUUGGUCUCUCUGGUAUGUUGCUGUCCACGAGAAUAACCGAAGGAGGCAAGUUUCUGUACUCUGCUAUGUUCGGCUAUGGCAUAUCCAGUUGCUGCUUCCAUUGGAAUUUGUGGGAGGGCUUCUACCGAGUCCUUGAUGUCCAACUUAACUUCCUCCAGGCCAUCAACAUUGUUUACAUGAGUUGCAUCCCCGAAGAAGAACACCUAUGUUACAAGAUAUCCUCCUACUUGCUGAUCAUGUUCUUCUCUAUUUACCCAUUCUUUGCUCAUGUUUUGGGAAUUACUUUAGAGCAGUCUUGGAUCUCUUGGAUCACAUUUGAUGGGAUUUGGAUUUUCGCUUUAAUCGGAUUGAUGAUCAUUUGGUGCCUACGGGACCACUUAGGAACGCCAGGACACCCGAGGCGACAAGCAAUGUUCAAUCUAGUAUGGAAAACCAUCAUCUCAGUUAUACUGGCGUACCUCUUCUGGAUCCUUGAUGAGGUGGUAUGUGUGCAACAUGGUAACCACAGUGUCGCCAUUGUCAUCUUUGGACACACUCUAUGGCACGUGUUCAUUGGGUUCGGCUUUUACUACAUGACGACCCUCAUAGUCUUCCUACGAGCUCAAAACUUGGGUGUUUACCCUAGAGUCCUCGCCUGGCCCAAGUGUUGCAUUAUCUUCGUUGUGGUGCAAUACGAGCCCAAUCGGUAUUCAGACACCUUGCCACCAGGAAGACUUGAUGGUGGCAAGAUUGCCUUGGGGGCGAGUCUUCCUAGUGGCGAGUCUUCCCGGUGGCGAGAUGACGGUAGACUUCCCAAUCUGAGGCUUAAGGAAACAACACCAAAGAAGGAACACUGAUUAUCUGUGUAUUGUGAUGGUUAGUGCCCGAUGUUUCCCUCGUGUGAAAAUCCUUAGAUUUUAGUUUUUUUAGUAGACAUGUUAAUGAAAGCGUAAUAGACAAACAGUAAGUUCCGGUUACUACUUAAAAACUUCUAGUAAAUGAUAUAAACAUAACAAAUGUAGGUUGGAUCUUC